AUGAACUUAACUGCAUUCUCUGGUCCAUCUUUGCAGGCAGCAUAUCUUCGCACUCUUCCCGCCAUUAGAGAACGAUGCUCAAAUGUACAUGCCAUGGCGCAACAGGGAAAGCUGGAGUAUUUUGAUUAUUGCCCGGAUCAUGAAUCGUCCGUUGUGAAUUACUGCCUCGAAAUCAUGAAGAGGGACUUUCCCGCAGCUGAUGGCGGUGUUGACUUUGCAUCUAUCCCACCGCAUGGGAGAUGGAGGCAUCUAGAUGCGGGAAAAUCGCGUAUAGCGCCUUUGAUGGCGAAAUGGGAUGAAGAACGAAGGUCGCCAGUCAGCGAGAAAGAAAAAUGCAAAAGGUUGAUUGAUUUAUUCCUUGUUUCUGUCCUACUGGAUGCUGGGGCUGGCAACAAAUGGUCAUAUAACGAGUCAGAUGGGGAAAGUUACAGUCGUUCGGAAGGGCUCGCGGUUGCAACUGUACAUAUGUUUGACCAAGGUCUUUUUUCGGGAUCUCCUGCAGCUCAGCCCCAUCGCGUCGAUGGUAAGGGGGAUAUCUUCCGUGUGUGGAGUUAUCAUCUGAUUUUCCUACUUCAAGCGCAGGGAUUGUCUCAGAUAAAUGAAUCAAGAAUUGCCACCGCUAUGCAAGUUAGCGAUGCCAAUCCGAUGGUUGGUCUGUCUGGCCGAACUUCGCUCCUGGUCAAUCUCAAGACCGCAUUGGAGUCUAACCCUCGCUUGUUCGGUUCUGAUGCUAGACCAGGAAAUAUCAUUGACUUCCUGGAAUCUGAAUCGAAGCUCGAUGGUUCAUCCCUGCGUGUCCAUGUCUCAUCGCUGUGGGGAGUUUUACUUGAGGGUUUAGCUCUGAUUUGGCCUGCAAGAUAUUCCAUCGGUGGAGUACAGCUCGGAGAUGCGUGGCCGUGUUCUGUGCUCGCCACGGUUGGACAAGCUGAGGGAGACGACUUCGUACCGUUCCACAAACUAACGGGAUGGAUCACAUACAGCUUGAUUGAGCCUAUGGAAAAGAUUCUCAAGUGGAAAUUUGACGGCAUCGAGGACAUGACUGGUCUUCCGGAAUAUAGAAACGGAGGUUUGCUGAUCGACUUUGGCGUUCUUACCCUCAAACCAGGCCUUCAGGCGCUCGCAAACACUAGCGGUAUUCCAUGUCUUCCACCAUCACACAGUGCUGUAGUUGAAUGGCGGGCAAUGACGGUGAUUGAACUGGAUCGCAUCGCCGACGGGAUCCGACGUCAAGCUGGUGUGAACUCUUGUGAUCUAACCCUUGCCCAAGUCCUAGAAAGCGCAACGUGGAAAGGAGGGAGAGAAAUUGCCAAGCAGCUCCGGCCCUUGACCGGCGGACCACCCAUCGAGAUAGAGAGCGACGGGACUGUUUUUUGAGGCUGUGGCAUUCUUCCGGAAAGCAUCAAAGCAUAUAUGUAUAACUGUAGUUCAACAUUGGAAGUACCCUGGUGACCAGGAAAGCAAUCAGGUUCAUGUACGUUUCAAUUCCCUAGCUAGGCGCCAGCACAGGACAAAAGCUACGGCCGCGGCCACGCCUCCCAACCUGAUUUAGUUGUGGUCAGCUGCUUCACUGGCGUGCAUGACGCCAUUGGCACCCACCGAAAGAUUAUUGCGAUUGAAUUGGGACCUGUUUUUACAGAGGGAUCUUUGUCUGGGUUUAAAAUCUGUCGCAUGACAUCUCCUGACGUAGCGAUUGUACUAUCGACAGGUAUAGCAUUUCCCGGAUGAUGACCGUGUAGGACAGAUUUCUGGGGAUCAAAUAUUGCAAAGAUGAUCGACGACAAGCCAGUGACGAGAAAUUGGGGUACGACGAUGAACAUAUUAUGAAUGCCCUAGUAACGUUGAUUAGAUCUGACAGGAACAA